ACUUGGACAUUGGAACAUACAAAGACAGUGUGAGAAGGCUGAGUUGUAGGACUCCAGUGUACGAGCUAAUAUGGGACAGCAGGCUCUGAAUAACGUUCUGUUUCAAAGACAUAGCGAAGCUGUGCCUGGCCCGGUCAAGUGGCCCUGGGUUCUCUCCCAGCUCAGGGAGAAAGCCCUGAUCAACCGAGAAUCUCGCGACAGACUCGGAGAACUUCGCAGUCAUUCCCACGAGGCUGGUGACAAACGUGGCGAUGCUCAGCGGAUCCAUCGUGGUCGACUUCGCUAGGUCUCAGCUCCUCGUCCGAAAUCAGACUGAUGAUCGUGAGGUCGUCGCAGGAGACUCGUUUUCUCAUACGACCUCUCUGGGUGCUCUUUCUAGCCGCGCGGGCGUCGAGCGACUCAUGGCGAUGCUGUACAGCUUCGGGUUCGAGCUGGUGAACAUCGUCUUCUGCCUGCCGGCGAUCCGGACCAUCGACACGCUCGGGCGACGCAAGUGGCUCAUCCUAACUCUGCCGGUGAUGGCGGUGCUGAUGGCCUUUGCUGCGGCAUCGUUUGCGGCAGAAAUCGAGCGGGAGCGGACGCGCAUCGUCCUGCUGGCGGUAUUCCCGUUCCUGUUCGCGGCGGCGCUCAUGGGGCACCAGGUCGGCCGUCACUUGCCUUGGUUGUUCCGGAGGUAUGUGCUUUGGAAGAACGAGAAGAGGCCUAGCCUGUACUUCGAUAUGAUGUGGGAAAACUCAGAUCGAGAGCAAUUGCCUGGGGAGAGGCAGGGGAGCCAGGGGAUCGGAGAAGAUUGUGAGUGAGAAAAUGGCAGAGGCGCGUGUGCAGUGAGAGGACAU